AUGCAGGCGUCUCAGAGGGCUUUCGUGGGCCAGCCGGUCGCAGCCCGCCGCGUACAGCCGUUCUCGGCGGCGCGCGGCGUGGUGGUCGUGCGCGCCGCCGCCGAGCCCGCCGAGCGGCUCCGCCUGCACAACCUGAGCCCUCAGAAAGGCUCGCGCCGCGACGAGAAGCGCAAGGGUCGCGGUUACGGUGGUCACCAGGGUGGUACCUGCGGUUUCGGCACGCGCGGCCAGAAGGCGCGCUCGGGCUCCGGCACGCGCCCCGGCUUUGAGGGCGGGCAGAUGCCCCUGUACCGCCGCCUGCCCAAGCUCCGGGGUAUUGCUGGCGGCAUGUCUGCCGGCCUUCCCAAGUACGUGGUCGUGAACCUGGAUGAUCUGGACAAGGCCUUCGAGGCGGGGUCCGAGGUUACCUUGGACGCCAUCCAGUCCAAGGGUCUCCUCAACAUCAGCGGCCGCGACACCAAGCUCGGCCUGAAGGUCCUCGGCAGCGGCAGCCUGAGCAAGGCGCUCACGAUCAAGGCGGACGCCUUCAGCGCGUCCGCCUCGGAGAAGAUCGGUGCCGCCGGCGGCAGCGCGGAGGCCGCGGCCGCCAAGAUCAAGUGGACCCGCCGCGCGCAUGAGAAGCGCGUGAAGGAGCUGGUGGCUGCCGGCCUUGACCCCAAGAAGGAGGCCGCUAAGGCCAAGGCGGCCCGGGCUGCGGCCAAGAAGAAGUGA